AAAGAAGCAAGAUAAGAAAAAAUGGAAUUAGCCGGGACUUCUAAUGUAUCUGUACAUACGAGAAAAUCAAAGAGUUCUUCCUCAUCGACAUCGAGUGCAGCAGUAAGGGCGCGCGCUAAAGCAGAGGCGGCGAAAGCACGAGCAACAUUUGCAGUGAGAGAGGUGACACUCAAGGUACAAAAAGCAGAGAAGGAAGCCGAGCUACAAUUAGGUAAAGCCAAGCUGGAAGCUGAAUUGAGCGCACUCGCACUUCAAAGAGAGGCAGCUGCAGCCAUUGCCCAAGCCGAGGCACUAGAAGCAGCUGAACUAGACAUAGGAGAUUCGAUCAGGACUGAUCCAUCUUCACUAGAUCUGCAAAAUGAAAUUGCAACACGCACUAACGAAUAUGUGGAAGCACAAGCUGGGCUUGACGUAUCACUGACUAGGGUAUCCGUCCAUACCACAUCACCUGGAGUAGCCCUAUCAGACGCAAGCUACGUCACAUGGCCCCCUCCACCAGAGCACAACUCUGAGCCACAGGGAGAGAUAAAAGAAGAUGAAACUCCCUACAGACCAUCUAGGCAUGAUGCAACACCAAGGCAGCCAUUUCCCAGUGCUAAAUCUAGGUAUGUAACCCACAUCAGCGCACCACUCAAUGGAGGUCAUACAAAUCAGGAAAGACGCGAUGGACAACAAACAACGAACAUUGGAGAUAAUGGACAUCACACAACACCCGCUAGAGGUAACGGACAGCCCACAAAACCCAAGACAACACAUCAUCCUCACAAAUCACCAUUUAAGGCAACAGCUCCAUCAUACGUACCCAUGUAUGCUCCACCCACUGCAAGUGUGGCACCUGAAACAGAACACCUGGCACGAUACCUGGCUCGUCGUGAUUUAGUGAGUACAAGUCUCUACCAAUUUGAUGAUAAACCUGAAAAUUAUCUAGCAUGGCAGUCAUCAUUCAGUAAUGCUACUACAGGCUUAGGACUCACAACAACUGAAAUGUUGGAUCUGCUGAUUAAAUGGCUAGGAACAGAGUCGGUCAAGCACAUCAAAAGGAUCCGCUCUGUGUAUGUCGGAAAUCCAGACGUAGCAUUGAAAAAGGCCUGGGACCGCCUCCAAGAGUGCUACGCCGCACCGGAAGUAAUGGAAGAGGCUCUUUUUAAAAGACUGGAUGAAUUUCCAAGAAUAUCAACCAAAGAUUAUGGGAAGCUGAGGGACCUAGGCGAUCUUCUUAUGGAACUCCAGGGUGCCAGAGAAGAAGGUUACCUCACAGGAUUGACCUACCUGGAUACAGCCAGGGGCAUAGGGCCCAUUGUGGAGAAACUCCCCUAUGGGCUACAGGAAAAAUGGCUAACAGUAGGUUCAAGGUUUAAAGAAGAAAACAACGGCCACUUCCCUCCAUUUGAUUACUUCGCCGAUUUCAUCUGUCAUGAAGCACGCCGGAGAAAUGACCCCAGUUUUAUCCUUUCAUGCGCAAGCAGCAACGGGUUGAAGUCAGACAAAGUAGCCUCUAACAGUUAUGGGAGGAAAAUAUCUGUUCACAAGACAGACAUCUCUCCAGGUAAAGACCCACCUGCAAACUCACCUGAGAGAAAGCCUGAUGGGCCAGAGAAAAACUGUCCCAUUCACAACAAACCACAUGCGCUGAGGAAAUGCAGAACAUUCAGAGGGAAGGUUCUCGAAGAACGAAAAAGCCUUCUCAAAGAGCAUGGGAUUUGUUUCAAAUGCUGCACUUCAGCUAGCCAUCUUGCAAGAGACUGUAAAGUAAAAGUAAAGUGUGCGGAGUGUGACAGCGACCGACAUCAUGCUGCUAUGCAUCCAGGUCCGCCACCUCAAGUCUUCAGAAGGCCUACACCCCCAUCAGACAAUGGCGGGGAGGAAGAGGAACACAACAGCGACAGCACAGCCAUCAGCUCACACUGUACCCAGGUGUGUGGCCCAGGUCGAACAGCAAGAUCCUGUGCGAAGAUUUGUCUGGUCCGAGUAUAUCCACAAGGUCAACGUGAGAAGGCAGUCAACAUGUACGUGAUUUUGGAUGAUCAAAGUAACCGUUCACUUGUGCGAUCAGACUUCUUCCAGCUUUUCAACAUCAAGGGUCAACCAUUCCCCUACUCACUCAAGACCUGUGCUGGGCUAGUUGAGACGUCAGGCAGAAAGGCAGAGGGCUUUCAGGUCGAAUCACUCGAUGGGCAGACCAGCCUACAACUACCAUCACUAAUUGAGUGUAAUGACAUACUCAUCGACCGCUCCGAAAUACCGACCCCUGACGCAGCCUGUCACCAUCCACACCUGCGAAGUGUAGCGCCGCACUUACCUGAGCUCGAUCCCAAGGCGGAGAUCCUCAUCUUGCUAGGCAGAGACAUUGUGAGGGUCCAUAAAGUCCGGCAGCAAGUGAGUGGGCCUCACAAUGCCCCCUUCGCACAAAGACUUGAUUUGGGAUGGGUUAUAGUAGGAGACGUGUGCCUAGGGAACGCACAUAGGCCGGCUGUGGGCACAUUCAAGACAAAUGUGCUUGAGAAUGGCCGACCCACCUUUCUCAAACCUUGCAAAGGCUUCAUGAAGCUGACUGAGGAUAUGUCCCAGGGAGGGGCGCAGAAGAACCCACCACACAAGACAUCAUUGGAGUCCCUCGGACUACAGGUCUUCAACGAGACGGAUUCCGACAACAAACCUGCCCCAUCAUUUGAGGACAUAAUCUUUUUGGAAAUCAUGGAACGAGAAAUGUACAGAGGGACAUCAAACAACUGGGUCGCUCCUCUUCCCUUUCGAGUUCCCCGGCAACGUUUAUCCAAUAACCGUGAACAGGUAUUCACUCGCUUCACCUCUCUGGAGAAAACGCUGCGGAGAAAACCAGAGAUGAGAGGCCAGUUUGUGGAAUUCAUGAAGAAAAUAUUCGACAACGGACAUGCAGAAGUGGCUCCUCCACUAGAGGAGAACGAAGAGGGUUGGUACCUGCCAACCUUCGGAGUCUACCACCCGCAAAAGCCUGGCAGCAUCCGCGUGGUGUUUGAUUCCAGCGCAAAGUACUUUGGCACAUCUCUAAAUGAUGUUUUUCUAACAGGCCCAGACCUCAAUAACUCACUCAUUGGGGUGCUGAUCCGCUUCCGCAAGGAACAGGUAGCAGUGAUCGCCGACAUACAGCAGAUGUUCCACUGCUUCCUCGUCCGCAAAGACCACAGGAACUACUUGAGGUUUCUGUGGUAUAGAGACAACGACAUGUCGAAGGACAUCGUUGACUACAGGAUGACUGUUCACGUUUUCGGCAACAGUCCGUCCCCAUCUGUGGCCAUCUAUGGACUGAGGAGAGCUAUCCAUGAAGGUGCACACAAACAUGGAGAAGACACAGUCCAGUUUGUCGAACGUCAUUUCUAUGUAGACGAUGGGCUCAUCAGUGUGCCCACCGAAGCAGAAGCCAUCAGUCUCCUGCAGAGAACGCAGACCUCUCUCAGUGAAUCGAACCUAAGGCUGCACAAGUUUGCCUCAAACAGGGAAGCCGUCCUACAGGCAUUCGCACCUGAAGACAGAGCCGUCCUGAAAGACCUUGACCUCAGUGGUGAAGCCACACCAGUGCAACGCAGUUUAGGACUGUUGUGGGAGACAACGACAGACACUUUCACAUUUGCAGUCUCGGAGCACAAGAAGGCCUUCACUCGCAGAGGAGUUCUGUCAACAGUGAACAGCGUCUUUGAUCCUUUAGGCAUGGUCGCACCUGUAACCAUUGAAGGCAAAAGUCUCUUGAGGGGACUCAGUGUUGACACAUGCGACUGGGAUGCACCUCUUCCAGAACAAAAGCUGAAGCAAUGGGAAGCGUGGCGAGAGUCACUACAUGACUUAAGCAAGCUGCACAUCCCACGUGCAUACACUGCAACGUCACUUUCCAAUGCAGAACACACAGAGUUAUGUGUAUUCUCUGAUGCGUCCACAAAGGCCAUUGGAGCUGUGGCAUAUCUCAGGACCAUUCAAGCUGAGGGACAAGUCGAAGUAGGAUUCAUCCUAGGGAAAGCUAAGCUGGCCCCACAGUCCGAACCUACCAUCCCUCGGUUGGAAUUGUGUGCCGCAGUAUUAGCCGUGGAGGUCGCUGAACUCAUCCAAGAUGAACUGGACACGAAGCUGAAUACAAUCAAGUUCUUUUGUGAUAGCAAGGUCGUGCUCGGAUACAUUCACAAUCAGACCAAACGCUUCUACGUUUAUGUUCAUAAUCGAGUCAGACGAAUUCGUCAGUCCACAAAACCUGACCAAUGGUUCUACGUCAACACAGAGGACAACCCGGCUGACCACGCAUCCAGGUCAGUUCCUGCAUCCAAACUGACACAGACAACGUGGUUCACUGGACCAGCUUUUUUGCACAAACAAAGACUACCCGAGGAAGAAACAAGUCAGACAUUUGGACUUGUUAACCCAGAAUCAGAUUCGGACAUACGCCCUGAAGUGUGUAGUUUCCUGACUCAGACUCAAACUCAAGGCCUUAGCGCCGAACGUUUUCAGCGCUUCUCUUCCAUGUGCUCCCUCACAAGGGCUAUUGCGCUACUAAUUCACAUAGCCAGAGCUUACAGACACAGCACGUCCAGUGACUGUAAAGGAUGGCACCACUGCAGCCUUCCACGUACUCCGGAUGAGUUGGCUCAGGCGAGACACAUCGUCAUCAGAGCUGCUCAAGAAGAUGUCUUCACAAAAGAGCUCACAGCUCUGGAGCUCGGACGAGCUGUAACCAAAGACAGUUCCAUUCAGAAGCUCAGACCUAUUCUUGAAGGCGACCUCAUUCGUGUGGGAGGAAGAUUGAAACACGCCGACUUGAGCAAUCCGGAAAAGAACCCUAUCAUCUUACCCAAGAACAGUCAGGUUUCUCUGCUACUGGUUCGACAGUAUCACGAAGAUGUCAAACAUCAAGGCCGCCACCUCACAGAAGGGGCCCUGAGAGCAGCAGGCUUCUGGGUAAUAGGCGGAAAAGGGUUAAUUGCCUCAGUUCUGCACAAAUGUGUAGUGUGCCGAAGGUUACGCCGAAGAACAGAGGUACAACUCAUGGCCGACUUGCCACAAGAACGCCUGCACACAUGCCCACCCUUCACCUAUGUAGGAGUGGAUGUGUUCGGACCAUGGCAAGUCAUCUCCAGACGCACACGGGGUGGACAGGCCCAAAGCAAGAGAUGGGCGAUGCUCUUUUGCUGCAUGAGUUCCCGAGCCGUGCAUAUCGAGAUCAUUGACUCCAUGGACACGUCAAGUUGCAUUAAUGCAUUGAGACGUUUCUUUGCCAUAAGAGGACCUGCGAAGCAGAUAAGAUCGGACUGCGGAACAAACUUCGUAGCCGCAGCAAGGGAACUAGGAAUGAGCAAACAACAACCUGACAGCACAGUUCAGAACUUCUUGAGUCAGCAAGGGUGCUCAUGGGUGUUCAAUCCUCCUCAUGCGUCCCAUAUGGGAGGAUCAUGGGAACGUAUGAUAGGCCUGUCGAGACGGAUCCUGGACGCUAUCCUACUUCAAGAGAACAUUCAACUUACCCAUGACGUCCUGUGCACCCUGAUGAUGGAAGUGUCUGCAAUAAUCAAUGCCAGACCUCUCGUUCCAGUGUCCACUGACCCAGAGUCACCCUUCAUACUAUCUCCUGCAAUGAUACUUACCCAGAAGAUUGGGGUUACCCCACCGCACGGAGACUUCACAGACAAGGAUCUUCUCAGCAGGCAAUGGAGACAAGUCCAAGCCCUUGCCGACAGAUUCUGGCGUCGCUGGCGUCAGGAGUUCCUUCCCACUCUGCAAGCCCGCCGGAAAUGGAGAGAUUCCCACCGGGACCUGAAAGAAGGGGACAUUGUGCUCCUGAAGGACAAUCAAGCCGCACGCAACGUGUGGCCUAUGGCGAUGAUCACAGCUGUCUUUCCAGGGAAAGACAGCAAAGUAAGGAAGGUGGAGCUCAGGACAUCGGAUCAAGGUUCUCCGAAGGUGUUCCUAAGACCUGUGUCAGAAGUAGUUCUCCUUCUGCCAAAAGACUGUAGUUAAAGGACAGAGACAUUUAAAAGCUCAUAGUGACCUUUAAGGUCAGACGGGGAGUGUUCUGCCCUUCAGGCAUUUCAUUUGAAUUGAAUACUUUAAAUUUGUGUUUCAUCCAGACUUUUAUUUUGACGUUGUAUUUUCGAGCUGCACAGGAAGCAGGAAGGAAAAUAGUUUAGAUCACGUUAGAAUGCGCGCGUAGAAAACGUUGGAAACGGCAGGUUGUUUGGGAGUGCAGACGGUCACUACCCCAGAGAAAGGCUUCUUGCAUGUUGGUUCCCCAGCAGAGGCAUCGCUUUUUCACUCUCUUUCAUCUUUUGAUCUCUUGAUCUUAUCUACAUGGAUUCAAUACAAUGUGAAGAAUGAAAAUAAAUCUACAAACAAGAA